AUGGCUCAAGAACCUAAAUCACAAGAAGAUAAAAUGAGACAGCAGCAGGAAAUGGCUGAGAAGCAAGAAAUGGCAGUCAAUUCAAUGCUUUCUCAAAUAUUGGAUCAACAAGCCAUAGUGAGAUUGAGUAACUUAGCAGCAGCUAAGCCUGACAAAGCCAAAGCUGUUGAAGCAACUUUAAUCGGAAUGGCGAGAAGGGGUCAAAUUGCAGGAAAAAUGUCUGAUGAAUCGUUGAAGCAAUUGAUGGAGCGUGUAUCUCAACAAACCCAGCGCACUACCACUGUAACGUUUGACCGAAGAAGAAAUAAUCUCGACUCCGAUGACGAAGAUUACUGA